AUGAAUUUACUGCCUACGAAAUCGAAUAAGGACUAUAUUAAUCCAUACAAAGUUCUAAGCAGAGUAGUAAGCAUUCUAAACCCCAAACCCAAUAUUAAGCACCUUCGCACGUACUAUUAUAUAGCCUACUAUUACAUUAAGAAAGAAAAAAGGGUACAAGGAAACAAAUUUACAAAGCGCUCAAAGUGA